UGCCCGGGACCCGCCGGGGUGCCGCGAGGGGCCCGGGGUGCGCCAGGCGAGGCGGCACCGGCUCGCGGGGCUCAGGCGCGACAUCGGUCCCGUCCGCGGCAAGGGCUCGUCCGUGCGGCCGCCUGGACGGCGAAGAGGGCAAGUCUGCUCCGGGUGGGGAGGGGGCGGACGACCCGGAGGGUGCGGGGGAGGGAAGACCGGGGAGCGUCACCCCCAAACUCCCCACACCUUCGGAUCGGGCAUCAGGACCAGGAGGACCGGUCAGCGCGCGCGGCAAGGAAGCUCGUCCUAAGACCCUGAAAGAGUGGGUGGCAACCCCCCCACACACACACACUCCCGGGGUUCCUCGUGAGCUCCCGAGGUCUCAGGCCCUCGAGCCCCGCCCGCGCUCCCGCGGGUGUCGGACUGCCUCGCUAGGUUCCCGGCCUAAUCCCACCCCCAGAAGCGCUGCCCGUGACGUUCCACCGCGAGGAGGCCAGCGGCGCGGGCUGCCACGCACGCAUUGUUGGCAAGACGCGAAGCAUACGCCUCCCCUGCACAACCCCACCAAAAUGGCUACUCUGGGACACACUUUCCCCUUCUAUACUGGUCACAAGCCAAUCUUCCCAAUGGACACCACCUUGGCCGUCAUCAUUGCCAUCUUUCUGACUGCACUGGUCACCUUCAUCAUCAUCCUGCCUGGCAUUCGAGGCAAGAUGAGGCUGUUCUGGCUGCUGCGGGUGGUGACCAGCUUAUUCAUCGGGGCUGUGAUCCUGGCUGUGAAUUUCAGUUCGGAGUGGUUCGUGGGCCAGGUCAGCACCAACACAUCAUACAAAGCCUUCAGUUCUGAAUGGAUCCGCGCAGAUGUUGGGCUCCAGGUUGGUCUGGGAGGAGUCAACAUUACACUCACAGGGACCCCAGUGCAGCAGCUGAAUGAGACCAUCAAUUACAACGAGGAGUUCACCUGGCGCCUGGGUGAAAACUAUGCUGAGGAGUAUGCAAAGGCACUGGAGAAGGGGCUACCAGACCCUGUGCUCUACCUCGCUGAGAAGUUCACCCCCAACAGCCCGUGUGGUCUGCAUGGCCAGUACCGCCUGGCAGGACACUACACCUCAGCCAUGCUCUGGGUGGCAUUCCUCUGCUGGCUGCUGGCCAAUGUGAUGCUGUCCAUGCCUGUGCUGGUCUACGGUGGCCACAUGCUGCUGGCCACAGGCAUCUUCCAGAUGUUGGGACUGCUCUUCUUUUCCACCGCCACAUCACUCACGCCAUCCUGUCCCCUGCGCCUGGGCACUGCUUCGCUGCACACUCACCAUGGGCCUGCCUUCUGGAUCACACUGACCACAGGACUACUUUGUGUGCUGCUUGGCCUGGCCAUGGCAGUGGCCCACAGGAUACAUCCCCAAAGGCUGAAGGCUUUCUUCAACCAGAGUACGGGGGAGGAUCCUGCACUGGAGUGGAAUCCCGAGGAAGGGGGACUCCUGAGCCCCCGAUACCGGUCCACAGCUGAGAGUCCUGAGCCCCAGGACAUUCCUCUGUCAGAGGCUUCCUCUGAGGCAUGCUGUAAGGAGAAGCAUCCCACAGAGCCUGACUGUGCCCUAUAAGGUUCUUCUCCCUGGUGGACACCUGGACUUCCAAUCUGGUUGCAGAUCUCAUUGGAGCCUCACAAACCUGCCACAACUGACUGCAGGAUGGGUUGUGUCUGGCCCCCAGCCCCAAUCUGUAGGUGGAGUAGGAAAGAAAAGCUCUUCCUAUUGAUGUUAAAAAAACAAAACAAAAAGCCUUAAAAUGCUAAACAGACAUUGGGGCUGCCUAUAAACCCUGUCUCCAUGGUAAUACCGAGCAGGUGCUGCCCAUUUCUGCCCAGCAACACUGCCUUCCCUAGGUGCCUUGCCUCUUUGACAGGGCCGUUUAUUGAAACUCAGCUUCAUCUACAUGGCGUGUGUGUGUGUGUGUGUGUGUGUGUGUGUGUGUGUGGUGGGUAGUCCCAUUUCAUCCCUCUACACCUCUUAUUUUCCUUUCUCCUGGGUCCCUUUUGUUUUUCUUUUACUUCCCCAACUUGUGUGAUCUCUUGGUACAAUGAAAGCCCUGGGCAGGAGAAGAAACAAAACUUCUUGUCCUGGGCCUAAUAUUAACUCAGCGUGCUACAUUAUUUUUAAGCUCCCGUUCUCAAAUUUGCCAAAUAAGAUUGUAGGUCUUUCCAAGGACCUUUAAAAAAAAAAAUCCUAGGAUUUGCAUUUUUAUGCCUUGCUGAUAUCUACCUUGGCCCUUGGACACUACCUCUUAGUGAAUAAACUGGAGUUAAUAAAUGACCUCAAAAAUGCCA